AUGUGUAAGAUGCAAGAGUCAGCUAGUACUAUGGUGGAAGGAUACUUAUCAUUGGAGAACAUAAUUCUCAGGUCAAUUGAGGAAGAACAUGAUGAACUAAGUUGCCCUCAGAAAGAAGAGACAAGUUGCUCCGAGAAAGAGGAGCUCAUUGAUAUUGCCACCUUAGUCCAGAGCAAUUGCAGCAAAGUACCUUACUAUGAUCUCCAUAUAAUAUAUAGUGCUUCAUACAGAGUUCCAGUGCUAUUUUUUCGUGCUUACUACGGUGAUGGAGAACCUUUAGGGUUUAAUGAAAUCGAAAAAGACCUUCCUGCUCACUCUGCGAAAGCAUUGUUGGAUUCAAAAUGGAUGUUCAUAACCCAGGAGGAGCAUCCAUACUUGAACAGGCCAUGGUUCAAAUUACAUCCAUGUGGGACAAGUGAGUGGAUGAAGCUGCUUUUCCAUGUUGAUGUUUCUGUGGCUAAAAAUGGAGUGACAGUUGAACUCUAUCUGCUUUCAUGGCUCUCAGUCGUUGGGCAAGUGGUUGGUCUUAGAAUUCCUCUUGAAAUGCUGAAUCAGCAAUAAUGGCUUGUUGAUAACAGUUUCUUUGAUAAUAUCUGCACAUGAUUUCUUUUUUCUACAUUCUACUAAAUGAACAUGCUGGAAACCCCCUUUAUGAUGAAAUAGAAAAGGUAUUAAUUUUA